GCCAUUGCACGUUACUGUUUAAGUUCGGUUGCUUGUUUGAACAACAAUGGCAAACCCAACUGAUGACUUUGCCCAUACUGAGCCACAAAGUAAGUUUGUUUAUUUAAAUUCCAUCCAUAGUUGUAAGUAGACAGUAGGAACUUUUUUUUUAACUUUCUUCCAUUCAUUCUUAUGCUGUUGCAGACCGACUUCCUCUGAUCUGUUUUCCAGUCUGUGCUCUAUGAGGCUUAACCUUAUUCGGUUUUUGUAGCAAAUCACAUGUUUUAAUACCUGAAAUGGCAAAAGACUGUUAAUAUCUUUGCAGCGGAAACGGUAAGAAACUAACCAGUCAGUCUGAGCAGCACGUGUCGCUGAUGUCGCAGUUGUAUUUGCAGAAUGCCGUGUAGCGUUGUGUUACCCAGCAUUACCUAACUUCUGCAUGUUUCUGUAAUCGCUGUAAUUCAUUACUAAGGAGGUCGUUAUAUAAACACGGUGGCGAGCAAGCACACAGCCAGGAGACAGGUGAUGAUGGCCUCUCCAGCAAAAUGAAGCAUAACUUCUCUGAGAGUUACAAUGGUAGUGCUCUGUCUGUGGAGGAGAAAGGCUGCUGUGUGAGACCCAUUCCUAAGGACGAAGCAGACACCUCUGAAGUCCCAGGGAUGGCUGAAAUAGUGCCACACCCUUCUGAGUCGCAGUCUGUACCUGCUGAGGUGGGGGUUGUACAACCGGGUGGUUUAGCUGUGGUAAAAGAAAAAAACCUUCCACCACAGUUUCCACUAAAAGACCAGUUAGAUAACCGAAAGGAAGAAGAAGAAGCAGUUAAGGCUUUACCCGGAACAAGAGCCAUUACAGAGGCAGAUCUUACUGAGGUAGGAGGAGAGAGCUGCAUCAUGGACCCCAAGAUGGACACCGGGAAAAACCCAGCAAAGCGUGCACCAAGGGUUCCUAAAGGAGGAAGAAAAAGAAAUCGCUAUAAGAAGAGAGCUGCUGGAAACAACUGGAAAUUGUCUAAUCUGCAUUGUGUGGGACUUCUACUUGCACAUGUUGCUGUCUGUAAGGGAUUUCCUGUACCUACUAAACCUCCAGCAGACAGAAAUGUUACGUGUUUCACGUGCAACGAUUAUGACAAAUGCCAAAACCCGGACGUAAUAUUUGGACCUAAUGACACUCUGCUGUACAAGGGACGCUCCACUGACACAACUGAAGAGUGCUCCAAAAUACUUCCACCUCCUCCUAAGACUGCUGCCACUUGCACUGUGUGCCACGCCCAAUCCAUUUUCUUCAUUGUCUGCCCAGGGAACGUCACUGAAAUUGAGGCAGAAAAGGACGGCUCUGCACUAAACACCACGAAGGGGUGCACCCAGCUGCAGACCACUGGACCGGAAAACGAUGGAGUGGUUUCUAAUAACAGUCCUAGCCGUGAGCGUUUUGGACUGAUUGCUGCUGUGGUUGGAGCACUGGUCAUCUUCUUGAUCUAUCGUUGCUGGAAGUGCAACAGGGCUAAAAAUGCUCAACAACAAACGACAGUGCCUGAUCGUGAUCAUCUCGAUGACAUAUCCACCUAAUCCAGCUUGCUACAUUUUCUUUGCAAACGUGCAAACAAUGAUACUUAAAAUUAAUGCGUGUAUCUGUUAACAUGAUUAAAAAAUGCUUUAAACUGCAUAUGGUUCUGUCAU